AUGGUCUUCAAGUUUUCCACCUUCAACCUCACCGAAGAUCCCCCUGAUUUUAAUCUGCCUUCGCCACCUGCUUCUCAGUCAUUGACGACUUGUCUGCCGCUUAAUCAUGCUGGCUGCAGUUUCAUCAAAGCUAUAACACCCUGCCAGGUCACUGCCGGUGCUUCUCUUUGCCUGGCCAAUUCAGCUUCCACGUUUGAUUGCUGGAGGCCAAGCGAAUCGGUCCAAUGUCCAGUGGAAGGAUGCCUUAAAAGGUUCACUUUCGACGAGCUGAAGGUUGCUACCAACAACUUCAGUGAGACAAAGAAGGUGGGUGAGGGUCUGUAUGGUUGCGUGUAUGAAGGAAUUUUGCGGGAUGAUUCCAGGGUGGCGAUAAAAAUAUUCGCUAGACGUACCUCUCAGGCAUGUAGAUUCCAUGCUGAAGUAAAAUUGGGGACCAUGAUCUGUCAUCGGAAUCUGGCUCGGGUUCAAGGCUUUUGUCUGUCGUCGGAGCAUGGAGAAUACAUGCUUGUGUACAAUUUCAUGGUGAACGGAAGUCUGGACUCACUUUUAAGAGGGCAGCUCCCACUUGAUUGGCCCGCCAGGAAGAAGAUAGCGAUUGGAGCUGCUAGAGGGCUCUCCCAUUUGCAUGAUCUGGGGAUAAUUCACAGGGACAUUAAACCCGAGGUUAUACUGUUGGAUGAGGACUUUGAGGCUUAUGUUGCAGAUUCUGGGACAGCCCUGUUUAUGGACGAGGACAGAGGGAAGGCUGUUUCCGAAGGAGAACCCAGCGGUGAAGAUGCUUAUUUUAACGACUGCCCAAUGGGGACACUUCAUUACAUGGAUCCAGAGCACUUUACAGGAAAAAACUCGGUAAAGAGCGAUGUUUAUGGGUUUGGACUGACGCUUCUUGAACUCAUAAGCGGUCGAAGAGCUUGGGAAACGAUCUGCCUCGAUGGAAAUAAAUUGGUGCUGCUCCAGUGGGCACAUGCCCUUUCAGAAAACGAACAAUUAGAAAGGCUAGUCGAUACCAAUAUGCCUUGCGGCUAUGACAAGAGCGAAGUCGAGAAAACCGUUCGCCUGGCUCUACUUUGCACACAGCUCGACCCCGAAAAGCGACCUUAUAUGGCUGAAGCAGUCCUAUCUCUUGAAGGAAUUAUUAGCUUGGAGAAAAGAUAG